UUGUUAGAGAUAUCUAACGCAAUAACAAAGCAUUUCCCAAACCUAAUCUAAAUCGAAUCUCAGAUUUGUGCUUUUUGUUACCUCAAGAAAGAGAAUCAAUGGCGCCCAAGGCAGAGAAGAAGCCCGCGGAGAAGAAACCAGCCGAGGAGAAAGCUCCGGCGGAGAAGAAACCAAAGGCCGGGAAGAAGCUCCCCAAGGAAGCCGGCGGCGCGGGAGGUGACAAGAAGAAGAAGAUGAAGAAGAAGAGCGUGGAGACGUACAAGAUCUACAUCUUCAAGGUCCUGAAGCAGGUCCACCCCGACAUCGGGAUCUCGAGCAAGGCGAUGGGGAUCAUGAACAGCUUCAUCAACGAUAUCUUCGAGAAGCUCGCCGGCGAGUCGUCGAAGCUUGCGAGGUACAACAAGAAGCCGACCAUCACUUCUAGGGAGAUUCAGACCGCGGUGAGGCUUGUGUUGCCUGGAGAGUUGGCGAAACACGCUGUCUCGGAGGGAACCAAGGCCGUUACCAAGUUUACGAGCUCUUAAGUUAUAUGAGUUAGGGUUUUCCCUCUUGAUAAUUCAAUGUCUGAAUUAGAUUUAGAAAAAUGUUCUUUUCAUGUUUUUCCAGUAUCGUUUUCGUUUGCAGUCUCGUUUUGUAAUUACAGGUAUUGAUAUGUCUGAAUCUAUGUUAUUCUCUUAUUUUAUAAUCGAAGUCUGUGUUUUUUAGCAA